GGAAGGUCUUUGAAGACAAACAAGAUGAUCGUUUCUACCAAAGCUUGCAGAUCACUGUGUCGCCAUCAUAUAAGAAUUAUUUCCCAUUCAACGCGAUAAUACACAUGCAGUCGGCUUCGAUUUUCCAGGUCAAAGUGAUGAUGAUACCAAUCAAUUAUUGUUAUCUCCUCCGCACAUCGAUACACGACGCAUCUCUAUAUCUUAUAAAUUCUCAAUAUGCUCUAGUUCCGUACUCUUUCCAAGUCGUCAUGGAUGAGCAGUGUAUGACUCCUCCUUCACAAAAGAUAGACUCGGAGAGUGGUCCAUAUCGUCUUCUUCACUGUUCAAGUAAGGGUGACAUAGCUGGUGUGAUUCAAGAGUUGGAGAAAGGAGUAGAGCCUAAUUUAGCUGAUUAUGAUAGGAGAACAGCACUUCACUUAGCAUCUUGUGAGGGAUGGACUGAAGUUAUUGUCCUGCUUCUUGAAAAAGGUGCUGAUGUAAAUUACAGGGAUCGUUGGGGUCGAACACCACUUUCAGAUGCUCGAAGUGCUGGCCAUGUUGAAAUAUGCAAAAUCUUGGAGGCUCAUGGUGGAAAUGAUCCAAUUACCCAUGAACCCCAAACACCAUGUUGCUUAAUUGAUUAUUAUGAGGUGGGCAUGAAAGGUGCAAGACUUAUUGGACAGGGUUCAUAUGGGGAAGUUUAUUUGGUGAAGUGGCGUGGUACUGAAGUAGCUGCAAAAACUAUGCGAUCUUCCAUUGCAUCAAAUGAUUUGGUUAAGGAAUCCUUCAUCAAGGAAUUGGCUUUAUGGCAGAAGUUGCGCCAUCCCAACAUAGUACAAUUCCUUGGCGUUCUAAAGCAUUCAGACGACCUAAUUUUCCUAACUGAGUAUCUUCCGAAUGGAAGUUUAUAUGAUAUUUUAAGUAGGAGGGGAAGACUCGAUUCAUCUACUGCUGUUGCUUAUGCUCUAGAUAUUGCUAGGGGUAUGAAUUAUCUUCAUCAGCAUAAACCUCAUUCAAUAAUCCACAGAGAUUUAACGCCAAGCAAUGUACUACAAGAUGAAGCUGGUCGGAUUAAAGUGACAGACUUUGGUUUGAGCAAAAUUGUGCAGGAGAAGGAUUUGGGUUACAAAAUGACAGGAGGAACAGGAUCUUAUCGUUACAUGGCUCCAGAAGUUUACAGGAGAGAAUCCUACGGGAAGAGUGUUGAUGUCUUUUCAUUUGCUCUAAUUGUACACGAGAUGUUUCAAGGUGGUCCAUCUAACAGGGGAGAACCUGCAGAACAUAUCGCAGAUAGGCGAGCAUUUGAAGAUUAUCGACCACCUCUCUCUUCUCGUAUAUACCCCGAACCUAUUAAGAUGCUUCUUAGAGAAUGUUGGGAUAAGAAUCCAUGUUGUAGGCCCACGUUUGAAGAUAUUAUCUCACAGCUAGAAAUGAUCCAACAGGGACUUCAGUUGAAGAAAGUGAUGGGAACAUGCUGUAGCUGUAUUGUUCUAUGAAGGUCUGUUGUUGUUGUGUACUUAUUUAUGUGUAUAGUCCCAUUCCAUAGAUUUGUCAUUUUAUAUGUAACUUGGUGCUAGAAUCAUGUCACUUCAAUAAAAAGUCAUGUAGCUUGGUUUG